GUUAUUCUCAUCGUGAAUACCUAGGGGAGUGAGUGCAUGGCUUGCGAGGUGUAAUAAGGGUGAAGCUGAGAAUCAUUUGUAAUUCCAAGAUGGCACUGAUAUCGGCUGAACCUACUAUCUUCAUGUAUAUGGCAUCUUACGGGAUUCUGAUAAUCUUAAGCCAGGAUUUCAUCUUGUCUCGCCUGUGUUUUGCGCAACUCGGAGACCCAGACUGUGGGAACAGCAGUACCCCUUCAGCGUCCUCUCAGACUUCCCCCUCUUCCUUCACCUCACCUCUUCACUUUUACCCGAAUCCCGAAGGAGAAUGGACGCCCGUAGGAGAGACAGCGGAUCAGAAUUCUAGGGCUCGGGAAGUGCAGGAGGAGGCUGUGAGGCUGUACAUGGGCGCGACCAUCACCCUCUCCGUGACCUCCAUCCUGUCGUCACAAUUCCUGGGGCACUGGAUGGACAGGUGUUCAAAGAAGGUGCUUAUGAUUGCGCCUGUCGUGUGCAUGAUCAUGUGGGCACUUGGAAUCGUGGUUCUGGCCACUUUUCCUCAGCUGCCCAUCUACCUGAUCUUCAUCGCCAUCGCCAUCGGCAACAUCUCCGGCGGAUACGUGACUCUGAAGUCGGCGGUGACGAGCUACGUGAUCCAGAAAUCCCCCGAGAGCCAACGGACAGUCCGGCUCAGCAUGCUCGAGGCGGCCAUCUUCCUCGGGGGCGCAGUCGGCCUCCUCUCGCUGCCCUUCCUCACGGACUACCUCGGGGCAACACAUGCUGUGCUUUUCUUGGGUGCGGAGGGCUUGGCGGUUAUUAACUUCCUAUACAUCAUAUUCAUCCUUCCCGACGAUGGAGGCUCACCACGAAGCAGCAACGUGGGUGAAGAUGAAGUUGACUCUCCUGGCCAGUCCCCCCCCAGUGACCACAAUUAUGGCACUUUCCAGGGGACUGGGCAUUCUGUUCUUUCACAGGGCAGUCACAUCACCGCCAGCCGCCACACAGUCGCCGACAUCAUCGAAACGUCUCCAGAGGGUGAGGACUGUGGGGACUACUCCGUCCUUCCGGUCAGUCUCAGAGGAGGUGGGAGUCGCUCCGGCACUCCUCCCGAGCUCACUGUUAAACCGGAAUCCCCGGACAACCAUAGUCCAUAUGGCACUCCCACUCCUGACAUGUUCUCGCAGGAGAACUACUUGCAUGCCCGCCAUGCCCUCAGCGCCGCCUUCGGAAUAGUAACGAGUGUGGCGGGGAUGUCCAACCCGGCCAGCAGGUAUGGGACUCCUCCCGAAUACCCGUCAGACCUGCAAUAUGUCCCAGGUGAUGUCUCGGAAGACGUCGGAAGAUCUCGGAGUCGUUCGUAUCCUGCACCAAAUUCAACGCCGAUUAGCGUGCAACAACGAUCUGCAAAAGCAUGUGAAGUAAAGGCUGGCGUAGUAAAGGGAGUCUCCAUGCGCGACGACCUCUUGACGUCAAGGUGGGGCGAGCGUGUCGGAUUCGAGCGAGCGGUUGAUGAAGUGGACAGUGAAGAAGCGCCGAACACUUCGGGCCGAGCGUCAUCAUCACUGUACCCGGAAAUCAUGACAGUAACUCAUAGCUUUUGCUUAACUGAUGACUCCAGCCAUUGCAGUGAUGAUCACCGCAGUCACUGUACUGAUUCUUGUAUCAGUGACGUUUCCCAUCCUAGCUUCGAUCACUGCCACUCCGACGGCUGGCUGGGAGACGGCCAUUGUCCCGACGGUGACCAUUGCCACUGCGACGACCCGGGCGAUGCGUGCGACGGCCAAGUGAUCCCGCGCGCAUUUACCAGAGACCCUCAGAGGCCUGCUUCCUCUGAGAGCCUUUAUCACGAAGCGAAUGCCAAAGAAGAGAAAGGAUAUGAAAAAUUAAAGGAGGAAGAAAGAGUCUCAGCAAUAACUCAAGCGAAAGGAGAGAAAUAUGAGCGAGAAGACGAUGGGGAACACGAUGGCGUUUUUGGACGUCUUCUCGAUGCUUUGAGGACAACUUUCCGGUACCGGCCAAACGGCGUCCGAAACAUGGUCGUCGCGUCCGUCAUUGCCAACUUCUUUAUAUCCUUCGUUGUACCAGCGGAAUCGGAUGUCAUCUUCCUGUACGUGAAGGCCAAGCUGGGCUGGUCCUUUACCAGGUACGCAACCUUUUUCGCUCUCAAGUGCGGCGUGGACGGCGUGGCGCUCCUGUUGCUGCUACCGCUUCUGCGCCGCUGUCUGGGCCUCAGGGACGCCUCCCUCGGUGUCCUGGGAGGCCUGAGUCGCGCUGCCUACUUCAUUGUGUUGGGCAGUGCCUACAAGCCCUCAAUGGUAUUUGGGGCUCUGGUGACCGCUGUCUUCGGGCAAUAUCUGUUUGUAAGCGUUCGUGCUAUCAUGUCAAGUCUCGUGGGCGAAAAUGAACAAGGCCGAGUCUUCACAGUGCUGAGUUCGGUGGACCAGCUGGCUCAGCUCUUCGGUUCCCUCGCCUACGAUAACCUCUUCCCAGUCUUCCUGACGAAGAACAUGCCCGGAGUCACACUCAUGCUGGCUGGCCUCGCUGCUCUCAUACCCACUGUCAUCUUCGGGGUCCUGUACUUCAACUUAGACAAUGCCACAGGAAAGAAAAGGAGCGAGGUGCGCCCGCUGUUGGCCGACACCUAACCACGGGUGUAACUGCGUGCUUGCUUGUGUGUGUGUGUGUGUGUGCACGCACAUGUUAUUCGAUAAAUGUUAGGUCUGUGUGGAAUAUGAAAGAAUAUAUGAAUACAUUUAUUUAUUACAUAAAGUAGGUGCCCUUAGUAAAUGUAACAUGAGCAAAACGAGAAGAGAGAGAGAGAGAGAAGAGAAAAGAAGAGAAGAGAAGAGAAGGGAAGAGAAGAAGAAGACAGAAGAUAAGAGAAGAAGAGAAGAGAGAA